AUGAGGAAACCUGAUAUGAUGGGAAAAGACAACACCACCAUCACCACCGCCACCAUUAACACCAACAACAGCAUUAAGAGCAAGCUAAGGAAGGGGUUGUGGUCACCUGAGGAAGAUGAGAAGCUGAUAAGGUACAUGAUCACUAAGGGACAAGGGUGUUGGAGUGACAUUGCUAGGAAUGCUGGCCUUCAAAGGUGUGGCAAAAGUUGUCGUCUUCGUUGGAUCAACUACUUGAGACCUGAUCUUAAACGUGGUGCAUUUUCACCCCAAGAGGAAGAGCUCAUCAUUCACUUGCACUCCAUUCUUGGCAACAGAUGGUCUCAGAUUGCUGCACGUCUUCCUGGUCGCACAGACAAUGAGAUCAAGAAUUUCUGGAACUCAACACUGAAGAAAAGGUUGAAAAUCAGCAGCAACAACAACACUUCAUCACCAAACAACAGUGACUCAUCAGACCCUAGAGAUGUCAUGGGGGGAAUCAUGCCAAUGAAUGAGCAUGACCUCAUGACCAUGUGCAUGGACUCCUCCUCAUCAACAUCAUCAUCAUCCAUGCAAUCCAUGCAUGCCAACAUGGCCCUAACUGACCAGUUUGACCCCUUUCCCCUGUUGUCCAACCGUUAUGACAUGACCGGUGCAGCCGGUUUCCUAGACAACAACAUGGCUGCAUGCUUAAACCAUAAUGAUGAUGGGGUUGUUCAUGGUGGUUAUGGGGCAUUGGACCCUAAUAAAAUGGGGUUAGAAAGCGACUUUUCCCUUCCUCCACUAGAAAGUAGAAGCAUUGAGGACAAUUCUAGUACCCCAAUUGAUGUGAAAACCCAUAACAACAACAACCACUUCAAGAAUAGUUCUUUCAAUAACACUGAUCAUCAUCAUCAUAUCCAAACCUCCAACAACGUAGUUGUGGAGGAUUUGUUUGGCUUUGGAAAUCAUGGGCAAGGUGAAAACUUUAGAAUGGGAGAAUGGGACUUUGAGGGUUUGAUGCAAGACAUGUCCUAUUUUCCUUCCCUUGAUUUCCAAGUUUAA